AUGCACGAGUCGAGCGCCGAGUACGUCAUGCAACGUGUCAACAAGGACUUGCGUGGCAAACGGACUGUCUCAGUCAGCAGCCGUCUGCGUACCUUGCUGAAUGAGAAGAAGUGGCAAGUCAUAUUUGGAAGUUGCCUGAUUCUCACCAUCACUGCAGUCGCCAUUCCUGCCGGCGUGAGCCACACGUUGCGGGAAUCGGGACCACAGCCCUCACCUCCUCACAACACCGCCGCACAAGGCGAACCUGCUGAAGGACGGGCGAAGAAGCGACGCGUUGACCACGGAAACACAGCCGCUGAGACCGCAAAACGCCUACAGCCGGUUGCCCACGCCGCACCGCUGAACCGCCGCAAACCAGGUACCAAGAAGCAGCAGGAAUCCCAGGCCGCAUUGAUAAACCACCUCAAACCAGGGACCAAGAAGCAGCAAGACACACAGGCCGCAGCACGGAACGACAAAACACCAGGGGCCAAGAAGCAGCAAGAGGCCUUCAAUGAACACAAGCAAGGUGUUAGCGUUCAGGCGGAAGGCAUAUAUAGGUUUUCUCCCGUUCCCGAGACGGCACCGGGCGACCACUACGUAAAAGAUCUGCGACUUCCCAAGACAGUCGAGCCACUCGAGUACAAAUUGAAGUUUGAGCCCGUGUACACGGAUCAAAGCGUGUUCUUCAAGGGUCACGCGCGCAUCUUCAUUCUGUGUAAGGAAAACACUAAAAUGAUUCAGAUGCACGCAUCCAAUCUUAUAAUCGAUCGAUCCAACUCAAGUCUCACUACGGUCGAUCAGAAACCCGGACCAGAAAUUCUCAACAUUCGCACGAACGACUUCUCCCAGUUCCUCUACAUUUACCUCGCCGACGAUAUAAUCGCUGGCGAGAAGUAUUACCUGAACAUUCCCUUCACCAGCAUUACGUUUCAUGACAACGGCUUCAACGUACGCCACUACACUAGAGACAACGACACCCCUUUAUGGGUCAUUGGCACCAAUUUUCUCCCGACCGAGGCUCGAAGCGCUUUUCCUUGCUUCGACGAGCCUGGCCUCAAAUCGGUCUUCAACAUGGAAGUCAUCCGAGACCCCAAUUUGCACACGCUGUCCAACAUGCCCCUCGCCAAAGUUUAUCCAAAAUCAAAAGGAAAACAGGCUGACACGUUUGUGAAGACGUUCCCCAUGUCAACGUUCUCGGUUGGAUUUUUCAUCUCCGACUUUGUGUCAUACGGAAACACCUCGUUUAAGCUGUGGACGCGUCCCGGCAUUUUGAAGGACGUGGAUUUUCUAUUGGAGCUUGGUCCCAAAAUCCUCAAAUUUUAUGAAACGUAUUUCGCCAUGCCGUACCAAGUUCCCAAGAUGGACGUGGUCGCAAUGGAGCAUUAUAUCAACGACGUUCAGAACAUGGGUCUCCUCUAUCUUCCGGAAAACAUCGCCUUUUACGAUCCGGAAGAAGCGUCCGUUGUCAAAAGGCAGAGUGUUCUGCUCGCCCUGUGCCACGCAUUCUCGCACGAGUGGUUCGGAAACCUGGUCACUCCCGAGUGGUGGGAUGACGUGUGGGUCAUGGACGGCUUCGCUACGUACUUCCAGUACCGCUGCUUGGAGAAUUUCGACCGCACGCCAAAAUCGUAUCACCUGAUGGUAAUUAACGACGUAAUUUCCGUCAUGAAGCACGAUAUCAUCAAGUACUCUCCCGCGAUCGUAACGGAAGUCGACACCCAGUACAGGAUUUACCAAGCCUUCAAUGUCUUCAGCACGCAGAAGGCUGUUGCAGUCUUACGUAUGCUAGACAUGGCAAUGGGAGAGAACAUUUUCAAACGCGGCAUUCACGACAUUCUCACGUCCAGGAUGUUCCAAAGCGUCACUUCCCAGAUGAUUUGGGACGCACUCACAGAGGUACAACCCAAGAAGAGGCCGCUGGACGUCAAAAGGAUCAUGGAGGCUUGGACGAAUCAGUCCGGCUUUCCCGUGCUUUCUGUGACUCGUAUCUACGACGAGAAUUCCGCGACAUUGAUUCAGAGCAAGUUCUCUUUGGAGGCCGAGGAGCGAGAAUCUAAGAACUUGUGGCCAAUUCCUAUUACGUUCGUGACGUCUGAGGACCGAAGUUUCAACAAAACGCGACCGGUGAUCUGGUUGAACGAGAAAGAGGGGCAACUGGAGAACCUAGCGAGUCCGCACAACUGGGUCCUGUUCAAUAAUCUCUUCUCGGGAUACUACAAAAUCAACUACGACGAAAGGAACUGGGAGCUUCUGAUCCGACAACUGCUCUGGAAUCACACAUUUAUUGAUCCGCUGAACCGAGCUCAAAUACAAAACGAUCUUUUCGACCUCGCCAAGGCGGGUAUGGUGAACUACACACUAGCACUGGAGGCGACAAAGUACCUGUUGAGGGAGCAAGACUUCAUUCCGUGGAAGACGGCCUUCGACAAGAUGAAGGACGUCGGGGUCUACUUGCACACGACCGGUACCUAUUCUAAAUGGAAGGAACGGAGCUUAUUCAGUGGUGGUCUAUUUACAUAUUAUUUACAGGAGAAGAUUGCAGAGAUCGGGUGGUGA